CAAAUUUGUUGGAAUUUUGAAGGAGCAUGACACGAGCCCUAUUACUUGAUUUUCCUGUGCAUCUCAGCACUGUCUCUUCCUCAAUUAGGCGGUUCGCGCUCUCCUUACGGCGCCAAAUUCAAGAGAUUCUGUUUUUCCUGUUUGCUUACGAUUCAAGCAGGCUGAUUGAGGAAAAUGGUUUCUGGUUUAAUCAAUGCCAAUCCCAUUGUGUAUGAAAAGAAGGAACGCCGAGCUAGAACUGAACCUGGUGAUGUGGAUGAGUAUGCUGUGGAGGCCAUUGACCAACUAGAAAUUUUUGAUCAUCUUAGAGACAUAAAAGAUCCGGAGCAUCCUUAUUCAUUGGAAGAGCUGAAAGUUAUAACAGAAGAUGCAAUUGAGGUAGAUGACAAGCAUAACUGUGUGAGGGUGACAUUCACUCCAACAGUUGAACAUUGCAGUAUGGCAACGGUGAUCGGCCUUUGCUUGCGAGUGAAACUCAUGCGCAGCCUGCCUUUGCAUUAUAAGGUGGAUAUCAGGGUAGCACCUGGAACUCAUGCAACUGAAGCUGCAGGUCAAGUUUGUAAAGAGUUUGAGACAUCAAUUCAGGUCUUCUUCGUGGAACGCCUUCAAUCUAUCAUCUUCCUAUUAAACAAAUAAACUAAACAUAUAACCUCCAUCUUUGUGAUUACACAAUCCAUCUUUAACUGAAUAUGAAGUUUCUUUAAGCUUCAUUGACCAAGUGGAGGCUGUCUCUCGGUAAUGUUUCCUUCAUCUACUCCUAAAGAGCAAUAUCAUUAACUUAAUGUAUUUAAUGCAAUCGUGGUUAUCAAAAUUGUGAUUGGGAUUGUAAGAUCUCCUAAAUUGUUAAAAUGAUCCAAAUUCUUGUAGGAUUGGUGUUAUUGCAUGAUCGGAAGUAGGAUUGUGUAGGUCUAAAGUAGGAUCACUAGAUUUGUAACUUUUUGCAUUAUUUUUUAUAUGUAUCAUCUUAAUUUGUAUUUUAACCUUAUUUUUAAUGGAAAAUAGUAUCUUACAGUCCUUGAUCCAAUCCAUGAGACCCUCGUACCGAUUUUACGUAGGAUUCCGAUUUUAAUAGCCUUGAAUGCAAUGUGAUCUGAGUUGGUGAUUAUCAAUUUAUAAUGCUGAGUCACUCUGUAAUCCUAAAUCUUAUAAAAAGAUUUAUGAUGU